AACAGCUUCGCUGCUCUUAUAGUGUUCCCGUUUGUGUUGGCCUACAGACCUAAUUCUUGCGUGUGUUGUGUGCUGUGCAAAGUUUUCCCGAAAAAAAUCGAAAUAAACAAUAGAUAGAAAGUAAAAGCAACUAUAUUCUAUCAGCAUGGCGCGUGUCGACGUUGGAGUACAUCGACUACUAUAGUUACCUGCCCAACAGCAUCAAUUACACAUCACUAAAACUUUAAGGAAAACAAAAAUAAUUAAGAGUACAUCACAGAAAGAAACAUAUUACUAUGGAGAACUUUAAUGUACCUCUUCUGGCCGAGAGCAGUGGCAGGAGUUUCGUGAGUUAUGCCAGCGGCAAUAACGAUAGCAGUAACAACCAACAUCGUCAACACCUACAACAGCAACUACCGCAGCAUCAUCAGCAUCUUAAUCAUAAGGAUCAGAUGUUGGCCGCUGGCAGUAGUCCGAUUUUACCCUUCAUUAACUAUGCGCAGUUGAAAAAGGACACUCAGUCCAAUCCUGAAUCUAAUCCAGUGGUUGGCAACUUUACCUCAUUGCAGGCCAUCGACAGCAGUCAAUUGGAUGUUGCUGUAUCUUUGAGUGGACUGUGCGAUCGGAUAUUCGUCAGUCCCAAUCCGCAUAGCAGCAACAGCACGAACAACAAUCCUGCCGAUGUUAAGGUAUCAGAGCCAUCUAGUGGUAACAAUGGUCCGCUCAUAUUAGAAUCAGUCACAAUGUCAUCGUUUGCCAAUAUACUGUUCAACAGCCGCAACAACACAAGUACCACUACCACUACCAAUACCAAUACCAAUACCAAUACCAAUACCAAUACCAAUAUAGUGUACCACCAACUAAAUCCAUUGAAGAAUGGAUCCGUCUCAACACGUGUUGUGAGCUCAUCUGGAUUUUUAAGCUCCACAACAGCACAGCUCUUGGACUUUGACGUAGUACCGAGCAGUAACAGCAAGGACGCGGUUGUGGCAGCUAGCAAUGGAAUGGCUGACACAACAACAACAACACCAGCGGCUGGAGCAGCAGCGGGGAUGACAUCAGCCCAUCGAAGAUCGCUGCAUAGCAUCGAUGAGCUGGCGGCCAGUUCGUGUGACGCAACGAAAGUCACAACCAUUACAACACAGGUGCAACAGCACCAACAACAUCAAGCAGGAAAUCUCAGUGGAUCCAAUAUAAGCUCCGAUGAUGAGUCUAUCUCAGAGGAUGAAUUUGGUCUAGAGAUUGAUGACCAAGGGGGUAAGUAG